AUGUCGUCCCCCAGCAAGUCCGAUCUCAGUGACCUGGCUACCAGCCCAUCGGAAACCAAGCCUGCUCUUCCCUCCACGUUCAAGACGGCACCCAAGGCCCGCACGGUUUCUGCCUCGAGCAGCACUGGCGGCCCAAGCAGGGUGCGCGCAGCAGCCUCCUUGUGGGAGAACAAGAGCUCCAGCUCGCCGGCUAGCAAGCCUCCUGGGCGUCCGGUCUCACCCGGCAAGCUUCCGGGAACGGGUCGCAUGACGCCGAGCUCGAGCUCUGGGAGGGUCACGCCUUCCUCGCGCCCCACUGCCACGCGCUCCAACUCGAGCGGCGGCCGUGCCACGCCUACCUCGACCGCCAAGCGCACUCCUCUCUCACCCAAGCUCAGCAUACCCAAUGGGCAGGCCAACGGUUCUGUGCCCGGCUCGUUCAAGUCAACGAGCUCCGAGCUCGACAUGGCCUCGCCCCGCUCGGCCACGCCACCGCCCUUGUUGGCUUCGCCUGUGCCGCCUGUGCCAUCACUCCCUGCAGUGCAUUCGCCCGUGGAGAAGGAAAAGGUGGACGUGCUGUCCCGUGAGCCGACUCCGCCCCCUGUCGCUUCUCCUGUGAGGUCGCCCGUUUCCCCAGCCACGUCCACCCUCCUUCCAGCUGCGCCGAUCUCUCCGACAAUUGACCCUUCACCUUCCGUGCCAGAAGCGAAGCCGACGAUCUCUUCUGUGCCACCAGAGUCGGUCAUCGAGGCGAACCUUCAAGGUAACACGCCGCUGGAGGAGAGCGCUAAGAACGACGCCAAGGCCGUGAAGACCUCACCGAAGGCGGACGCCAAGGCUGCGAAGAGUACUGCGCCACAGGUCGAGAGCAAGACCACAUCGAAAGUCCAGCGCAAGGCGGCGCCAAAGUUCAAGGAACUGCGUGAGGACAAGCCCAAGCCCGCACCGGUUAUCAUCAAGAAGCCCGAGAUCAAGCUCGAAGACAAGCUCAAGACCGCGAUCAGCAUCAAGCCUGUCGAGGUCGCCGAGGAGCCGACGGUCGCACGCGACGACGCGACACGAGCAUUGCCGAACGACGACCAGAAUGUCGCUCUAGCUGAAGGCAGCUGCGUCACAGUGUCCUUGGCACCAGCUGUCUCUCCAGCGUCUCCCGCAGCUCCCGUUUUCCAACCACCGCCUUCCGCUCCGACAACCCCUGUCACUCCGUCUCGCGUCGCAGGUGUAACGUCGCUGUUUAGCCGGGUUCUCCCCGCAUCUACCUCGACUUCGACUCUCAAUCCACCUGCAACUCCCACUGUUUUAUCCACUAUGGCCACACCACCCCGCGACUCGUCCAAGAGCGCGAUGAAGGACGAGCACCUCGACGACGCAAGGCUUUCAGACGAGCAGUGGGCCACAGCCAGGGUCAAGGGUAGCGAGACCUCGGGCUCGAGCAACAAGGACCGCGAGAGCACGCCCGCGCCCUCUCCUACGCCCACGCCUACCACCAAAAGCCGCUUCUUCUCCAGCGCGACUUCCGCUUUCAGCACCCUUCAGCUCCCGUCGGUCUCCCUUCCCUCAUUGUCAGCCACUACCUCCUCCCAGUCUCGAUCGGCCGACAUCGCGCUGCCACUCACCGAGGCCUCGCAUUUGACCCCUGCACCAGCUAUGCCUUCAGCGGGGGUGGGCACAUCGCCCGGUUCGUCAUGGCGGACGACCAUGACGCACUUCCUGCAGCGUACGCAGUCCGCGUCCACCACGCCACCUCCGGUCCCCACCACACCUUCUCGGAAUGGCUCAGGAUCAAUCCAGACGCUCAACCGGGCCGACUCGUCGUCCGACUUGUACCACCACAUGCGCGAGGUUGAGCAAGAGCCGCUUGGUGAGGGCUUUGAGCGCGUGCGUAACGAGAUGGAGGUCGCAGCGCGUGAGAUCCGUCGUGAGCGCGUGGGGCGUGGGAUCUCGCUGGGCACGGAUGAGAAUGUCGAUUGGGCUUUUUGGGGGACCGUGGUGCAGGAUUACGAUACAGUGGCCAACGAACGGCCCAAGGAGCUGUCUCGCGCCAUCCAGCAGGGUAUCCCGGCUGUCAUACGCGGUCCGAUCUGGCAGCUGAUGAGCGCAAGCAAGAAUGCCAACCUCGAGGAGACGUACAAGACGCUGCUCAAGCAGACGAGCCCUUACGAAAAGAACAUCCAGAAAGACAUCAACAGAACGUUCCCGUCGCACAAGUUCUUCCAGGGGGCGAGUGGCCAGGAAGGGCUGUUUGUCGUCUGCAAGGCGUACUCUCUGUACGACCCCGAUGUUGGCUACACCCAGGGCCUCGCGUUCAUCGUGGCCACCCUCUUACUCAACAUGCCGGACGAGGAGGCGUUUUGCGUGCUUGUCCGCCUCAUGACGUCUUACAACCUCCGCUCGCACUACCUCGACAACAUGCCAGGCCUCCAGCUCCGUCUGUUCCAGUUCGAUCGCCUCGUCGAGGACGUCCUCCCUCUCCUCAACGCGCACCUUGUGCGCAAGGGCAUCAAGAGCUCGAUGUACGCGUCGCAGUGGCUGAUGACGCUCUUCUCGUACCGCUUCCCCCUCUCCCUUGUCUACCGCGUUACCGACAUUGUGCUGGCGGAGGGCACCGAGGCUGUGUUCCGUUUCGCGGUCGCCCUUCUCCGCAAAUGCGAGGACCAGCUUCUCAAGCUCGAGUUCGAGGAGCUGCUGGCUUUCCUGACCGGUGACCUGUACGAGUGCUACCGCAUCGAGUCUGAGGAUGGCGAGGAGCAUUGGCGCAGCAACGACUUUGUCCGUGACGCCUACCAGACCAGAAUCACGCCGUUAAUGUUGGACCAGUACGAGUCGGAGUGGAACGAGAAGUGUCGCAUCCAGACCGAGCAUCUCCGCCAGCUGGAGGGGUACGCACGCGAGACAGAGCAGCUGCGCGGCGCCAACCGCCAUCUCAGCAGCCAAGUCAAGAACCUUGAGGGGUCACUGGCAACGAUGAACCAGGAGCACGUCGAGCUCGUGCGUCAGCUGGUUCUUGCCAAGAUUGCCAAGGAGGACAUGGAGACGGAACUUGUCAAGUACAAGGCGAUGUGCGCUGCGCUGGCGCAGGGUCGCGAGGAGGAUGUGGAUCUGCCGCACAUCGCGAGCCGUGGUUCGCACACGUCGCUCACGCCGCUGCCACCAAGUCGCCGCGGUAGUGCCGUGGUCUCGCCUACUUCGCACAGCCCCAACCUCUCGCCGCAGCGGUCGGCGGCGUCGGGCCACGCCUCGCCCAUCACCUCGCCCACGGAACGCGUCCCGCCCGGCCUCGCUGGCCGGGCAGACUAG